CAUCGGUCAGCAGUUUGCAUCCAGCUAGUGAUAACUCGACAUCGCGUGAUGAAGUGGUUAAGUUUGUUCCUGGUUUUUGGAAUCCUCGGACUCAUCGGCAGCCUAGGCACUCUGACGAUGGCGGAACCCAAUCCGGAGCCCAAGGGUCGUCCUCAUACCACCCGUCGUCCUCGGAAUGACAACGACAAUGAUCGACGCUAGCAAUCAGAUAGAAUGGAGGAAAUUGAGUCGCCAUCUAAGGCCAAGCCUCCCCGAAGAUGCACCGAACCACAGAAGACACAAGAAGCACAUCGACUCUCGGUGAAGGUCACAUGUUUUGGAGUUGAGAAAAUGCAAUAUGUUGAGGUCCUGCUCAUCUAGAUGGUGGGAUCUCCUCGGACACAAUAAAAUCGCUUCCGUUUACAACAGA